AUGAAGUUCCCAUUGCCCAAGAACCUUUUUCCUCCGCUGGACCUCUCGGAGAACCAAGAGGCUGAUUUUGAACAGCUUGCCAACACACUCAUCAAGGCGACACUCGCCGAGUACGAUCAAUUUGUCGUGCACGACCGUAAACGUGUGGACUCUCAACGGUGGAAGCCCGUCCGCUCGCGCGAUGGUGUCUCCAUCUACCGUGAGUGCAACGUAGACAGUGUCGGUCAGCAGGCUCCGACCAGUCUUGCGCUGUACCAGACCACCAUCUCGGUAAACGCCAGUAGACCUAGUCAACAUCGAGGCCGCCUCAUGUCGGACAACAAAAACCGUGUUAUCUCAGCCAACAUCACACGCAGCUACGGACCCUCGUCGCCCCGGAAAAACAAGUCAUCUUAUGGCAUGGACUCCUUCGAAGACAGCCGCGAUACAACCGGUAUCGACAGCUGCAGCAGUGGUGACUUGCUAUCUGAGCCGCGAAUCACGACGGGGGCUUAUUCCAGCACAGAUGAGGACGACUCGGGCCUGCCGAGAUUGCUCGCGGUCGGCAACCUGCGUGGUUCUCUAGACGAUGUCAUGUACGGAAUUGCGUCGCCAAACGCGUCGUCCUCUCGCCUGCGUAGCUCAUACCUUGGCGAGCACAUUGCCGACUGCUCUGUGCUGCGAGAGAUUAAGAGUCCGUCGCCAGCCGACCCGUUCCGCUUUUUAGGUAUCAAGUGGCUCGUGCGGGCCAAAUACCGCGGCGCUGCUCGCAUUGUCCUGCCUCGAGAUUUCGUAGUGCUCGAGUUCUCGGGUGUCAUGAUGCGCCCUGACAACACCCGCGUGGGUUUUCACCUCAUGCACUCGAUCCAUAUCCCAACGUGUCGUGAACUCCAUGAGCACCGUAUCUUACGCGCCAAAGUGUCAAGCUGCUACAUCUUCGAGGAGACACGUAACAACCAUGUCCAGGUAUUCAUGACGGCUUCCAUUGACCCAAGUGGGCAUAUCCUCAACCGAAUGGCAGUGCGAUCGGCAGCUACGGCUCUCAGUAACUGCUGGAAGUCUGUGAGCUGUGCACAUAACAAGAAGCUCGCGUUCUACCUGCAAAAUGAACGCCUAUCAGCCUCGAGAUCCAGCGUCACCACAUCUUCUCGAGGAGGACUUGCGGCAUUGACGUCGGUGAAUGAAUUGUCUGCACAUGAGACGAUGGAGCCCGUCUCCGAACGCAGCAACUACAGCUUGACUGCAAACCGAAAUCGGUGUGGUGUUUGUCACGGCAAGCUUGGUAUCCUUUUCACGAAACUUUCAUGUCAACUGUGCUCCGAGAAAAUAUGCAAUCGCUGCCGUAUCGUACGCAAGCUUAGCAGCACUACACUCAAUGCUCAGGUCACGCAGUCAUCCAUCAACUUUUGCAAGAAAUGCGUUGCCAGUGUUAGCGAUGAGAGCGCAUUGGAGAUCGCUCGUCAAGAGUUGUGGGUUCGUACCCGUGGUCGCACGCGUGCAUCGUCGGCAGUCUCGGCACCACAUCCGAGAAGCAGUUUCUCAGCGGAAAGAAACUUGUACGCUGCCGUAGUGCUGGGCCGUGGCAGUGAGAUGAAUAGCCGAGGCAGUGCUGCCACGAGCAGUCUUAGCUUCCAAAGCAGCUUACGUCCGAGUCGCGAGCCUCAGUUUGAAGAAUCUAUGAUGGGGGGAUUGUCAGUCGGUCCUCUUCCAUUCACGUCAACUCAGUGUUCGAUACGACUGCAGCGCCCUAUCGUGGGUGGCCGGUUGUCCACGAAGUCGUCGAUUAGCAUCUAUGACAUGAGUGUUGGCCCCUUGUCAAGCACAACAAGGACGAAUGACUCUCUUUCGCUCGAUGACCUUGGAAUGGAUAAAGCUACUGCUGUUGAUAAGAGAGCAGUCAAGAAGGAGGAGCCUGUAGUGCUGGACCACCGCAUGACUAUGAACCUUCGUAGUCUGCGGCAUCUCGACUACGUUCUGUCCGUGGGUGAAGAGGACCUUGUGGAUGAGUUGAAUGAAAUCGAGCAGGAAGAGACUAUGGAUUACGGUGAAUCUGAGAGUGGUGACGAAGGUGAAGGACGUUUGAGCAAUGCGUCGUCGGUUGCUGUGCUUGACGACGACUAUGAAAUGUGUGAAACGCCCACGAGUGACGCUCCAAAGUCUCAGCGCGAGACACCCAUUGUUGAAGGAGAAGAAGACGAAGAGGAAGAGGAAUCGGAGUCAGAGCCGAAGGAAAAAAAGCAGGAAGAGGCUGAACACGAAGAAGAGAAGAGGGAGCUUUUGGAGAUGGAGAAGCCAAACAAACCAGAAGGGAAUCCGUUAGAGCUUUUGCAGGAUGACGAGGAAGUUCAACAACCUGAAGAGAGCAAUCGAACGCUUGCGCUGACGCAGGACGAGACCAAGAUGGUGGAACAGCUACCAGAAGGAUAUGACGAGUCAAUGCCGAUGGCAUUGUCGGUGCAUCCUGGCGAUGCCGCUCAGCAUGAUAUGGCCAUGACCGUUGAGGUGGAAGUGGUAGAAGCUGCUCCGGUUGCUGAGAUACUGUCUCAGUACGAGGACAAGUCCGAAACUGAUGCCGAACGAGUUUGCGAGAACUCGCAGUCCCGGAUGCAACGCGCGCACACGGAAGUCUCGUCUUCUGGAGAUGCCGUCUACCAGCACCAGCUUUUCCAGCAGAUGCAGGAUCUGCAUAAUGUCGUAGAGUCGACGUACCAAGUGGCAAGGGCCAACACCGAAGCGGCUUUGAAGGAACGGGAUAGCGGUCGCAUUUCCAAACCUUCACCCACCAAUGCCGCUGGAAACCUCCGUGGCGUGCGAACCUUCUCUCAGCCAUUCGCUUUCAAUGUAGUGGGCCUGCGUUCAACGCGUUCUCUGACUGUCGGCAUCGGCAAGUAG